AUAUUACAGUACUUACGGAAGGCAAAUUGUGCGCUACGGUUCAGUUUUCCCCUCCGCAGCUGUCAUCGUGCAGGUGGAAUCUGCGUUUCGACGCGUGGGUUGUAGGGUUUACGUCCAGCUCCCUGUUGUGUAUUUCAUGCAUAGGCCUAAACUAGCCUAAUCUAGAAAGGACUAUUCCGCAUUGAGAAGCAAAUCCACUCGUUUGGACUCGAGGGAAAUGUAGACUAUUCUUUCAUAGGCUUCUGCGACUGUUUUUGUCUGAGGAAGAUUCACAUUAUAUGAAUGCACCUUCACAUCGAGCCAUUGGACUUAAUCGCGAUAACCUUUCAGUGCGAAUUUAACAUAAUACAGCCCAGUGAAUGUGUAUUUAUUUCAGUUGAUGAGCGCAUCAUCUCAAUAGAUUGUAACAGCGCACUAACUUCACAGCAUCGGCGGUGUUUGCAAUGGUAUUGGGCUAUUUUCUACAUCCAUGACCUCAACAGGACCAUAGUAUAAUAGUGUUUUGUCAAUGUUCUGUCUGUUGAUAAAACUAGAAGGACCUAGUGCAUUAUUUAGCCUAUUAUCUCUGUCGCAUCGAUUGGAGAGGAGUUGCGUAGGAUGCCAGUGUUGCAAUUAGAGGUUGCUGUUAUUGCAGUUUGACAGACAAGGAUAUCCAAGAAUCACAGCGGACGUAGUGUGGUUUUGACUUGACAAAGAACGGAACAGUAUGGAUGAGGCACAGCUGCCAACGAGUCUAUUCCAGAUUUAAAAGAUUUAGAGGUGAAAAUCGGAUGGAAGACACCUGAGGGCUUGCUCAAGUGCUUGCGGGAAGAGGCGUCCAGCCACCGCGGAGAUGUCAAGUUGAAUUCACUGGAGACCAAAGACCGAGACAUCACGGGCAGGAGUCUGGAUGAGAAGAUUCGAAAAUUAAAAGUUGAUAUGGCCCACCUGCGCUCGAUGGAUGUGAAGAUCCUGCAGCAGCUGGUGGCGGUGCACGAGGGGAUCGAGGCAUGUAAGUGGCUCCUGGAGGAGCGCGGCACCCUGACCAGCCGCUGCAGCAGUCUGACCAGCAGCCAGUACAGCCUGGGAGAGGGCCCUGGAGGAGACACCUGGAGGGGCAGCUGGAGCAGCCUGCAGGACCCCCUCAACGACAAGCUGGAUAACAUCUCUAUAGGCAGUUAUCUGGACACCCUUGCUGAUGACAUGGACGAGUACGGCCCUUCUAGUUCUGAGUCUGUGCUGUGUACUACUCCACUGGGGACUGUGACGCCCACUCGGACCGGGGCAGGGACAGGGGCUGGGGCAGGGACUGGGAGAGGGGCUGGGAGAGUUGCUGGAGAAGGGUCAGUGGCUAUGGCAGGGGUUGGGGCUGGAUCUGGGGUACGACAAGGCACAGGGGGCAAGGUAGUUGUUGAUCCUGGCUCUCCCCAAGUCAAGCCAGACAUCCCAAAUAAGGAGUCUUCCAUUUGGAUUAAGGCCACAGAGGCAGUGAAAGGAACCACCAUCACCAAGGAUACCAAGGACCCCGGCCAAACCCAGCAGCCCAGUAAGAGCAACAGCGCCCUGGAUAAAGCAGUCAGGCAAGCACGAGGACCUACUGAUUCAGCCCGGGUCUGCCUGGCUGAAAAGCUGGGGAAAAGCCAGAGCCCCAAACCCAAACCCUAUAAGAAUGGCAAGAUAGACGUAGAUGCCUACAAGAUGAACGGCAAGAUGCACCUGGGGUAUGAUGCCCACUGGCGAUGGGUGCAGUCGCAGGACGAUGUGACAUUUCUAUGAGGUGGAUAUAUUACACCACUUCCCUCUAAAAAAAUGCUGGGUUAAAAUCAACCCAAUUUGGGUUAUUUGGUUAUGAAGUGCUGGGUAAAUGUUGGACAGGACACACGCUGGGUUAUUUUGACCCAUCCAGUUAGGUUGUGUGAAUAACCUAGCAAUAACCUAGCUUGUGUUUACCCAAACAUGGGUUCAUUUAACCAUAUUCAUUUUCAUGCUGGGUUGAACAGCUCUUUUAAUAUGUAAUCCAUAGGUUAUUUUCAGGAGGUGUGACUUAUUAGGUGUGUGGGUUUCAGAUAAGAAGAGCAAGGUUGAGUUGUUGUUGUUGCUGGGUUAUUGAUGCUGGGUUAUUGAGACCCAGUGGUCAGGUCAGAAGACUGGAAGAGCGACUACAGUAGGUAGGGCCGUGGUUUCAUAUAGUUAUUUUUCGCCACCAGUGAAAAUAAAUGUAAUUAUUGUUCAUAAUCUUAAAUACAGAGCUAAUUUCAAUUUUCAUUAAAGAAAAUACACAUUUCAUAUUCUAAUGUAUUAUUAAUAACAUAAUUUUGUACGUAUUGUUACAUAGUGGUAAGUAUACCAAUAUUGGGUUUUGCAUAGGCUUUUAAGGAACUCUUAGACUUUUGUAAGCUUCAUUAAAUCUACUAAAGUGUCAGUGUACAACCUUAACCUUCUGAUAUCAGAACAGAUAAACCGGAAUCAUGUUUACUCUCACGGGUGGCCAAAAAUAACUAUAUGAAACCACGGCCCUACCUACUGUAGUCGCUCUUCCAGUCUUCUGACCUGACCGCUGGGUCUCAAUAACCCAGCAUCAAUAACCCAGCAACAACAACAACUCAACCUUGCUCUUUUUAAAGAAAACAACCCAACUAAGUGAACCAAUGCCUGCAACCUAGCAGUUGGGUCAUCUAAACAACCCAGCAUUUCUUUCGUAAAGACACUUUUCCCCCUCCCAUGUAACGACCCUACCGGUCAAAUAUUAAGAGAGAGGUUGAUUGCACAUAUUAUACAAACGUCUACCAUUUUCAUGGUAUAAGAUAUCAGGUGUGAAGGAGAACACAGCAUCAUUACAUUAUGUUCUAUUCACUCUAAAUGUGGCUGCACUAACUUUCUAAAACAUUGAUGUCAGUAUUAUAUUGGGGAUGAAGCACAGUGUUGAUAUUUUUCUGAAUCAAGUUUGUUUUUGACAUGUUUAUCCUCCUUUCCUCUCUCUAUGCAUUGUAACAUACAGUACCAGAGAAAAUUAACCAUUUUCCAACAGAAAACAAUAUAUUUGUUACAAUCACUCGCAUCUAUAGAACUUAGUUUGCCCUCACAACCCCAUGUCAAAAUGAUUGUAACACACUAUAGAUAGCGGAACCGUUCUCAUACAUACUGUAGGUUUGUGUACCAUCAUAGUAUGAUAAGAGCAUAUAGAAUGUUCCUACUGUUUGCACACGUGUGCUAUUGUCAAUGUCCUACUACCUACAGUACUUAACCAGUCAAUGCAAUUUGUAUAAUCAGUGAAUCGCAAUACAAUUAAUCUGUGCAUCAAGUACUUCUGUAGGUGGUUGUCGUAGAAAAAUGUCUCUAUGGCUGAGUGUUAUUAUUGUCUCUUUUUUAACUGUACACUAUUUUUGUUUCAUUUGGACAGCAGUUGAUGUGAUUGGUGUCAUCCUAAACUAUUAUGCCUGUACCUCCAGUCCCAAGAUGACUGCACUGUUGUUCUGAUAAUCCUGAUCGUUUAAAUGACUGAUUCUGUC